CAAGCUCAAAGCGAACAGUUGGCUUUGAGACGGUGACGCGUGCGCACAACGGAAAACGGAACGGUACAACUGUUAAUAAUUACAAAAUGGCGGCUAUGAAAAUUUGCAUAUUCGCGCUGCUUGUGGGGACAACUCUUGCUCAGCGCAGUAAUUUCCGUGUUGGUGCUGGUCAUCCGCCAUCCCAGCGCCACUUGCCACCAAGGACGCGUGAUCCCGUCCAGGAGGCGGCAGUGGAGCCCAAGCGGAAACAGGCACAGGCAGCAGCCGCGUACGAAGCCACCGAGGAGUGCCCGGAACCAAAUGGCUUCUAUCCGGAUGGCAAGCAGUGCGACAAAUACUAUGCGUGCCUGGAUGGUGUGCCGACGGAAAGGCUGUGUGCGGACGGAAUGGUCUUCAAUGAUUACACACCCAUUGAGGAGAAAUGUGAUUUGCCGUAUAACAUUGAUUGCACCAAGCGCUCCAAGCUGCAAACUCCACAACCAUCGCAGCACUGUCCAAGGAAGAACGGUUACUUUGGCCAUGAGAAGCCCGGUAUAUGCGACAAGUUUUAUUUCUGCGUCGAUGGACAAUUCAACAUGAUCACGUGUCCUGGUGGCCUUGUCUUCAAUCCCAAAACGGGCAUCUGUACGUGGCCCGAUGAGGUUGGCGUCACUGGCUGCAAAUCGGAGGACAUCUUCGAGUUUGAGUGCCCCAAGGUGAACGAGAGCAUUGCCGUCACACAUCCACGCUACGCGGAUCCCGACGACUGUCAGUUCUUCUAUGUGUGUGUAAAUGGCGAUCUGCCCCGUCGCAAUGGCUGUAAACUUGGCCAGGUGUUCGACGAUGAUAACAAAAUGUGCAAUUGGGCACGCUUUGUGCCGGAUUGUGCUGACUGGUAUAAGGAUCGCUUUAGCGAUGCCGAGCUGUAUGAUCUGGAGAAUCCUAAGCCAAAGUCAACGACCACCAAAAGGCCAGCACGAGUGCGUGGCGCCUCCAGACGUCGGCCGCAGUCGAAGGUGGUCAAAGAGGAGGAGCCCGAGGAGGAGUAGCAGGUGGAGUAGCUGGCUAAAGUGUCGACUGUUUAGUUGUAAGUUUGUCAUUCCUGAUUACGAAUAAACAGACCUUUUCUGCAUA